GUAGAAGAAGCGGCGUGUCAGUCGCCCAGUCUCCGCCAGCCCUCAGCAAGGUGCCUGCUGGUCGCCGCCGUCACAGAGCAGACACCCGCCCUCGCCCUCGCCCUGCCCCGGGUCCCUUGACCAGCACGUCUGUCCCGGUGAUACCAGCCCUCCGCGUCCGACCAUGGCGACGAGUGCGAAGCGAAAGCAGGAGGAGACUCAUCUGAAGAUGCUCCGGGAAAUGACUAGCCUGCCCGCGAAUAGGAAAUGCUUCGACUGCGACCAGCGCGGCCCGACCUAUGUCAACAUGACAGUGGGCUCCUUCGUCUGCACCACCUGCUCCGGGAUCCUACGAGGACUGAACCCCCCACACAGAGUGAAGUCCAUCUCUAUGACCACGUUCACACAGCAGGAAAUUGAGUUCCUACAGAAACACAGCAAUGAGGUCUGUAAACACAUCUGGUUGGGCCUCUAUGACGACAGGACAUCAGUCGUUCCAGAUUUCCGAGAACCACAGAAAGUAAAAGAGUUUCUUCAGGAAAAAUAUGAAAAGAAAAGAUGGUAUGUUCCUCCGGACCAGGCAAGGGCAGUAUCAAGCGUUCAGGCCUCUGUAUCUGGCUCCUCAGCCAGCAGCACUGGCAGUACCCCAGAGGUCCAACCCCUCAAAAGCCUGCAGCUCAACAGAACCCCACUGCGCCAGUCCCCAGGGCUGGUUCGUUCCCAGGCCCACAGCGCUGCUCAGGAGAAGAAGUUUGACUUGCUCUCUGACCUGGGAGGAGACAUCUUUGCUGCUCCACCCUCCCAAACUGCCAGCACCACCAACUUUGCCAACUUUGCACAUUUUCCAAGCCAGUCAGCACCUCAGGGUAAUUCACAUACCAACUUUGCCAACUUUGAGGCAUUUGGAAACACUGCAAUUCCAUCCCAUCAGAGCACGUCACCCCCUUCAAAGUCUUUUUCAACAGGUGGAGGUGUACCAAUCCCGUCAAUGUCUAGUGCUGUCCCCACCCAGUCCCAGACAGGGACCUGCAGAGAGGACCGCUAUGCUGCUCUCGCUGAAUUAGACAAUGAGCUCAGCUCUUCUACAUCCACAGGCAGCAAUGUGCAAGGGAAUCGUUUUGGUCCAGUCCUUGGUUCCUCGCCAGCCCAGAAUCCCCCUGUGUUACCCAGCAUGCAGCCCGGGUUUGGAGCCGUCCCAUCCACAAAUCCCUUUGUUGCCGCAGCUGUUGCGCCGGAGAUGGCUACCAACCCCUUCCAGACCAAUGGCAGAGCUCCAGCUGCAGCCUCGUUUGGUACAGGCUCUAUGAGCAUGCCCGCCGGCUUUGGGAAUGCGUCCUCCUACUGCCUCCCGACCAGUUUCAGCGGAAACUUCCAGCAGCAAUUCCCUGGCCAGGCCCCCAUCCCUUACACUCAACCUGGGGCCUACCACCCUCAGUCUAAUGGCCCUGCAUUCCCAGUCUAUGGUCAGAACAAGCCCUCCAUGACGCCCUUUGGGCAGCCCAUAGCUGGCCCUGGCAUGUCCAAUAACCCUUUCAUGGCUGGAGCCCCAGCCGGGUCAUUUCCUUCAGGGGGAUCGUCCACCAACCCUUUCCUGUAGCACAACUCCGGUUCCUCGACACCAGAGGGCAGCAUGCAGCACAUAUGCACACACCCGUUCAGUCACGCAAUUAGUGGCAGUACAUUUCUUUUUAAAAAAAGACCAUAAAAAGUUUACAACUCUAUGAAGGAGGACAAAGGACUAUACUAAAGACUAAGGGACUGUUAUAAGGGGAAAAUAUGCUGUUUGGACUAUAUACAAUACACUAUAUGCUUUUUAAUUUUUGUUUAUGACUGUAAGCUCUGUGCAUAUCAUCAUUUGUAAUCACAAUUAGGUAUAUGUUAUGUAUAACAAGGACUGAAUUAACAUGGGUGAGUAUGCACACACUUAUGCAGAACAACCACUAUAAACUAUCUAUGUCAGUAAGGGUAUACGCUUUUAAAACUUAUUAACAGGGUUCCAUCCAAAUAUAUACGAUGCAGGUAUUUCAUUUUUUUUCAAAGGGAAUUUGUUGUUUAAGUAUAAUUGCUACUAUAUGUGCACUAAGGUGCAAAAUGUCCUAUUAUUAAUGUUCAGAAUCCAGAGUGCUAUUCCUAAAACUCUAAACUUGCCUAUAACCCAACGAAACAAACCCCGUUGUUUAAAAGUUGCAGCUGGCUGGAACGAGCAUCGUGGAUUACAAGCUGUUCUUUUAAAUAUAUGUGGGUGGAAGUGAGUCAGGGCAAUCGAUGUGUUCGAAAUACGAGGCCAGCGGACUCUGAGCCUUCCAGGUAAAAGAGCACAAAUGGAAAAGAAAAGUACACUUACUAAGAUAAGUGCUUCUUUGUCCUGCUACCUUACUCAUUUAGGACAGUGUCAUUAGGUUCUCUCCUGAUGGGUUAAGAUAUUGUCUAUAUUUUAUGAAUAAUACAGCUUUAUAGAAGGUAAACCGUACAACAUAUAUAAUGUUAUGUUGUAUUUGUCACUUCUUGAGGAGAAUUGUUAAGCUCUCUGUAGUUGCUUUAUCAUACUGCAAAAAGGAAACUAAUUCAGAAUUUAUGACGUAACUUGUUGAGCCCAUGAGUCUGGAGAACUACAUCUCCAGUUGUGCCAUCAGUGACUAACAAUUUGACAAUUCAUUGUUACUUGUCUUUACAAGAAUAGGUAAGAACAUGUGUACAUAUAUAAAUAUAUGUAUAAAUAAAUUAAAAGAUUUUUAACUACUA